AUGGCUAACCGCGGCCCGAGCUACGGCUUAAGCCGGGAGGUGCAGGAGAAGAUCGAGCAGAAGUACGACGCGGACCUGGAGAACAAGCUGGUGGACUGGAUCAUCCUGCAGUGCGCCGAGGACAUCGAGCACCCGCCCCCCGGCAGGGCCCAUUUUCAGCAGUGGUUGAUGGACGGGACGGUCCUGUGCAAGCUGAUAAACAGCUUAUACCCACCUGGGCAAGAGCCCAUUGCCAAGAUCUCAGGGUCCAAGAUGGCUUUUAAGCAGAUGGAGCAGAUCUCCCAGUUCCUGAAAGCUGCAGAGACCUACGGCGUCAGGACCACUGACAUUUUCCAAACAGUGGAUUUAUGGGAAGGGAAGGACAUGGCAGCUGUGCAGAGGACCCUGAUGGCUCUAGGCAGCGUUGCAGUCACCAAGGAUGACGGCUGCUACCGGGGAGAGCCAUCCUGGUUUCACAGGAAAGCCCAGCAGAAUCGGAGAGGAUUUUCAGAGGAGCAGCUUCGCCAAGGACAGAAUGUGAUAGGCCUGCAGAUGGGCAGCAACAAGGGCGCCUCCCAGGCGGGCAUGACGGGGUACGGGAUGCCCAGGCAGAUCAUGUGAGGCGCUGCAUCCUGUCCCCAGUAGAGAGGACGGAUGUUCCACACCACGGUCUCUAUGACAAAGAAAUAGUUAGUCACCUUCUGACCUUUCUCAAAGCCUCCUGUCCCUGGUUUUUGCAAGUGCUGCAUUUCUGCUGAGAAUCCGCGUUGCCUACUGCUGCCACCUUCUGUUCAUUUAGAACUAUGCAAAGACUCCGCUUCCUCCCCCUCAGCUCCUUCUUUGCCCUCAA